GUAUGGAAAACCAUAAGAACUAUUAUUAAACCACAGUUCAAAAUCUAUGAAAGAAGAUGUAAAAGGUUUAUCCGAUCGCACUGAACUUUUGGAAGACGAUGUGUGUAAAUUAAAAGGCCAGCAGCAACAUCAGUAUAAUGAUUUAUCUAAUCGCACAGACGUUUAAGAAGGAGAUAUGUGCAAAUUGAAAGACGUUCAAAGCCAGCGUAAAGCAAACCAAGUUGAUUUUAACAACCUAACGAGUGUUCCUGCUUUAAAUGUUGUUGCAAAAAUGAUUGGAGAUAAUUGGAAGGAUUUGAGUAAGAGGCUUGGAAUACCACAAAAUGAUAAUGCGGCAGAAACAACUGAAAGCAAGAUGAAGGAAUGUUUUGAACAAGCAGAAAAUCGCGUUUAUUGGAAAGAAUUAAAAUUUGAGCUUGAGAUGCUACAACGACAAGAUAUCAUUAAUGAAAUCACUUCGAAAACAUCAUGUACAUAUGGCUUAGAAAAAUAUUCCGAUCAGUUAAGGGACCAUUACAAGAAAACGUUGUCACAUUGGAAUAUUCCCUCUGCAUUUAAGUCAGAUUCUGGAAGAAAACACACAACAAAAGAACGCAAGGAAGCUUAUGUUGAUUUGAUAGUUGGUCCAUGGAAUGAAGCGUAUUCCACUGAUCAUGAACAUUUUUUAAAAUCACAUUCUUCUUUAAAAGAAAAAAUAGAAAUGAAGGAUAUUGUGAAAGAAAGCGAUGGAUGUGUUUUAAUUAGAGGUAUUGCUGGCAUUGGAAAGACAUCACUUAUUGAUCAACUUGUUUUUCAGUGGGCAGAUGGUAAAAUGUUGAAUGAUUUCGAUUUUGUUUUCAAAUUUACAUGUCGUCAAAUAAACACAAUAACCAAUACUUCCACAUGGGAAGAACUUGUCAAAAGAUUUUUCCCCAAUGUUUAUCAAGAUUUCUUUAAUGAGUUGCUUGAAAAUAGUAGAAGAGUUUUAAUAAUCGUAGACGGUAUUGACGAAUUUCGAUACCUUGAUGACAUCAAAGAAAUUGCUGCGGGGAAUCCUAUGCACGAACUUGGAUCUAUCAUGCACGAUAUCAUAUUAGAAAGUUCUUCACUACUGCCCAAUAGCAAGGUGCUUGUAUGCGGUCGACCGCAAGCAUGUGAUAUAAUCAAAAAUUUAUUUCUGACAAGUCAGCAACCAAAAUUGAUAGAAGUUUCUGGUUUUGAUGAAAACAGCAUCGGUAUUUACGUCAAAAAGUUUUUUGAAAACAACACAGAAAAGAUUAAAUCAUUGCAAGUAUCACUUAAUGAAAUCUCAAAUCUUAAGGCGAUGGCUCACAUACCCGUUUAUUUGCAUACCAUAUGCAAUGUGUACGCAUCUGAAAAGAAACUGGAGGAUCUUAACACAACUACAAAAUUAAACAUCGCAGCCUGUUUGGUAUUUUUGCGUGAUCAUAUGAGGGAAUUUAAAGGCAAGAACUAUGCUCUAGCCAAAUUAUCACAAGAUCAAAAUAUACAACAAAUGGUUAGAAAAGCAUCACAAUUUGCUUAUAAAUCGCUUCAAGAAAAAAGAAUAUUUUUCACCCAAGAUGAGUUUGAAGAUGACUGUAGCGACUGUUUAACAGCUAUCGAACAGUCAGGUAUUAUCGAGAAAGUAGAAGGUAAUGAUGAUGGAGACUUUUUUCAGUUUAAACAUUUAAUUUUGCAAGAAUUCUUAAGCUCUGUCCAUAUCUUUCAUGCUGCAAUAGAUAUAAAGGUAUGCAUUUCAGAAUUUGAGAAUAUGCGUAAUUGCCUUCCAUUGGUUGCUGGAUUGCGUGGAAUACUUGAGGAUACCUAUCACGGCCCCAAUUAUAUUAAACGGUUUGUUGAAGAUAUUAGAGGACCACGUGAUCUUUGUUCAGUGGAAGGCUUGUUCGAAGAUAUGGAUCAGGAAUUAUAUUUACAGACAUUUUUUGAAUAUCAUAACAAUAACGUUGAUGAUGUAGUAAAAGAAUCAUUUUUCAAUAUAAACAAAGCUUUUGUAUUUGUUCGCUACCAUCAUCUUUUAAAUCAAUUGAUUUAUUUUUUAAAAACAAUUAAAAAAGUAGUACCAAAAAAACUAACACUUACUAUUAAGAUGUUGGAUGGUGAGUUAUUACCGAAUGAAAUGGUUGAAUUGUCACCACUACUCAGUUCUUCCGUUGUUACUACUGAGCAUCUUGAAAUCCUUGGCACACAUAUAACCAUCGACGAUAUUUUUUCGAUAUUAACAGACAAAAUCAAGCUAGAAAAAAUAACUUUAAAUAAUUGCAAAUUAACCGAUGAUCACAUCAAACAUUUACAAUCAUGUAUACCUUGUUUAAAAAGUUUGGAUCUUAGUAACAACAACACUAUGACGCCGACCUCGAUGAAAUGUAUAUCAAAAUGUGUUACAGAAGCAUUUAAUAAAAAUACUAACAAGCUUGAAGAAUUGGCGUUACAUAAUUGCUUAUUAACCGAUGAUCAUAUCACACAAUUACAAUCAUGUAUACCUUGUUUAAAAAGUUUGAAUCUUAGUAACAACAACACUAUGACGCCGACCUCGAUGGAAUCCAUAUGGGAAUGUGUUACAGAAGCGGCUAAUAGAAAUACUAACAAGCUAGAAAAAUUGAAUUUACGUAAUUGCGAAUUAACCGAUGAUCACAUCAAACAUUUACAAUCAUGUAUACCUUGUUUAAAAAGUUUGGAUCUUAGUCACAACAACACUAUGACGCCGACCUCGAUGGAAUCCAUAUCGGAAUGUGUUACAGAAGCGGCUAAUAACAAGCUAGAAAAAUUGAAUUUACGUUAUUGCGAAUUAACCGAUGAUCAUAUCACACAAUUACAAUCAUGUAUACCUUGUUUAAAAAGUUUGGAUCUUAGUAACAACAACACUAUGACGCCGACCUCGAUGGAAUGUAUAUCAAAAUGUGUUACAGAAGCAUUUAAUAAAAAUACUAACAAGCUUGAAGAAUUGAAUUUACGUUAUUGCGAAUUAACCGAUGAUCACAUCAAACAUUUACAAUCAUGUAUACCUUGUUUAAAAAGUUUGGAUCUUACUGCCAACAAUACUAUGACGCCGACCUCGAUGGAAUCCAUAUGGGAAUAUGUUACAGAAGCGGCUAAUAGAAAUACUAACAAGCUUGAAAAAUUAAAGUUAAAUUAUUGCUACUUGAACAAUGAUUAUAUAAAACAAUUGCAGCCGUGCAUACCAUAUUUGAAAAGUUACUAGGAGUUUGCGUCGACCUCAAUGUAAGGCAUACCAAUAAAUUUAGUACAGAAGCCUUCAAUAAUCAUACUAAAACUACUAGACUUUUAAAAAUGGACAUAACAGAUGAUCAUAUCAACGAAUUGUUACAGUGAAAACCUUAUUUAAAAAGUUUGAAUUUAUCUUACAUACUUAUAACAUCGACCUCGGCGAAACUGUUAGAAAAGCCUAAAAACAAGAACUUACAAGUCAGAAGAAUGUAAAAAGGAUAUGGUAUAAAUUGUGUAAAGUUUUAAUUCUGAAUAAAGUUUCUUUCUUAUAUUACCUCUA